GAGAGGAAUAAUCUUCAUUAGCCCAGUGGUCAUCAAGGAUAUGAACUCUGCUGCUUUUAUCUAGAUGGAAGAAAAGAUUAACAGCCCAGCCAGGGAGCUUCUUUGGUUUGCAAGAUGGCAGCAACUAGUGGCGAAAGCCAGCUGCAGCGGAUUAUUAGAGACUUGCAAGAUGCUGUGACUGAAUUAAGUAAAGAAUUUAAAGAAGGAGGGGAGCCAAUCACAGAUGACAGUGUCAAUUUGCAAAAGUUUUCCUACAAGCUUGAAUAUCUUUUACAGUUUGACCAGAAAGAAAAAACCACGUUGCUGGGAAACAGAAAAGACUACUGGGACUAUUUCUGUGACUGUCUGGCCAAAGUCAAAGGAGCUAAUGAUGGAAUCCGCUUCGUCAAAUCUAUUACAGAACUACGAACAUCUCUUGGAAAAGGAAGAGACUCCCUGGUUCACCAAAGGCUAGCAGACACCUUACAGCAAUGUUUUAUGAACACCAAGGUGACAAGUGACUGGUACUAUGCAAGAAGUCCAUUUCUGAAUUCCAGAAUGAGUUCUGACAUUGUGAGUCAACUCUAUGACCUCACUGAAGUUCAGUUUGACUUGGCGUCAAGAGGCUAUGAUUUAGAUGCUGCUUGGCCAGCAUUUGCCAGGAGGACUCUGUCCUCACUUGGAUCUUCAGCAUAUUUGUGGAAGCCCCCAAGUCGCAGUUCCAGCAUGAGCAGUUUAGUGAGCAAUUAUUUGCAGGCCCAGGAGUUUCCCUCCAGCCCUGAUGCAAAUAGCUCACUAAAUGUUGAACACCUCGAAGGCUUUGAAGAGAUGCGUGUGGAACUCGACCAGGCUGAGUUGAGACAGAGGGAACUUCAAGACCGCAUUCACCAGCUAGAAAUGGAAAACCAGCAGCUCCAGGCAGCUGUCAGCCUUCAGAAAGAACAAGUGCAGGUAGAAAAAGAGAAGAGCAGUAACUACAGUGAAGAGAACUCCCGGCUGGCAACGAUGAUCAUGGAGUUACAGAAGCAGUGUGAGGUCUUGCCCUCCACUCAGAGCGCUGUUCAUGACCUGCAGAAGUGCCUGCAGUCACUGGAACUGAACACAGUGGAGCAGCAGAAGGAACAUUCAACAAAACUGGAUUAUCUGGUGAGCAGCAAGGAAGACUGUGCUUCAAAACUGCACGUGUUGAAUCAGGAGCUGGAGGCCUCUAGGUCUUUGGUUGCUAUGAAGGAUCUUUGCAUUGAUGAGCUCACAGCCAAGCUGAGUUCCACUGAACAGAAGAACUUUGACGUCCUUUCAAAAGCUGAUGCUGCCUGGGAGGAAAAGGGACAGCAAGCCAUGGCCCAUGUUGACUCUGCCCUACAGAUACGGGUACUUCUGGAAAAGCUUCAGGAGACGGAAAAGGAGAAGGCAGAUAUGCAAAGACUCAAUGAAGAACAUGCGUCUCAGCUGAAAGCAGCAAGGGAGGAGCUGCAGCUGAAAGAAGAGGCACAGAAGGAACUGGAAUCCAGAUACAAUCGCCUUACUGCUGACUCCAAAGAAGAGAGUGAAAAGCUACUUGGGAGCCUGGAAACCAUUGCAAAGGAAAAGGAUGCACUUCAGAAGGCCCUAACCCUGAAAGGAAAGGAGAUGGCUGAGCUUCAGACCCAGGUAAUGGGGUCGCUGGCUCAGGUGGGGUCACUGGAAAAAAGUCUUGAGGAAGCAAGGAAAGAAAAAGAGAAACUUGAGGAGGAGUAUGGUAGGAGGGAAGGAGCAUUAAAGCAGAAUGCCCAGUCGCAAGCAGAACGACUUGAAGUACAGGAGGGCCACUUAACAAAGGUGAGUCAGACUGUGCUUAGCCUUGAGGAGCAAAACCAGAAACUCUUAUCCGAGAAAGAGCAUCUUGGCCAGAAAAUCAAGGAGUUGGAGGAGGAGGUGGAGCAGCAAAACUCUGCAAUGAGCGAAGUGGUCAAGGAGAGCAGGAAGCUGAAAGCAGAGAACACGGAUUUGCAGCAGUCCAAGAAGAAGAUGGAAGGGAAGCUGCAAAGUUUGGAAGCUUCUAAAGCUUCUCUGGAAGCUGAGGUAGCCAGGCUGAGAGCCUCUGAGAAACAGCUUCAGAGUGAGAUAGAUGAUGCCCUGGUAUCAGUUGAUGAAAAAGAGAGGAAGCUCCGGAGUGAGAACAAACAGCUGGAUGAAGACUUGCAGAAUGCCAGGAGGCAAAGCCAAAUUCUGGAGGAGAGAUUAGAGGCUCUGCACUCAGACUAUGAAGAACUAAAACAAAGAGAAGAGACCACCAAGGAGUCUUACGCCUCCCUCGAAGGAGAGCUGAAGAGUGCCAAACAGCAUAGUUUACAGCUGGAAAAAAGCUUAGGCAUCCUGAAGGAAAGCCAAGAGUGUCUCCAGUCGCAACUCACAGAGAGGGAAGUAGAACUACAAGGCAUGGAGAGCCAGUGUAAGCAGCUAAGCGCAGAAGCUGAAAAACAUAGGAAGAAGGCAGAGACUCUCGAGGUGGAAAAGCUCAGUGCUGAAAGGACGUGCCUUCAUCAGACAAAGCUUAUUGAAUCCCUCACACUGGAGAAGGAAUCACUGGAAAAGCACCAGCUACAGGAGGCAGCUUCUGUAGAGAAGGCGGCAAAAGAGCUGGCCUCCAGACUGACUGUGAGUGAAGAGCAGUUGGAGGUGAACCAAAGCGAAGUAUCUAGACUGCAAGCAGAAGUCCUCGACCUGCGAGCCAAGCUCCAGCAGACCACCAGCGAGAGAGAGCAGAUAAGAGGUGAGCUGGCAGUCACAGAGAUUCUCUUGGGUGAGCAGAAGGCACUUGUCCAGCAGCUGAAAGAGCAAAGUGAAUCACUCAACAGACAGCACGUGCAAGAACUGGUGCAACAUAAAGAAAGAGAAGAAGUGCUGAGAAAAGAGCAUGAGACAGCAGCCCAUGAACAAAUGGAGCUGGAAAAUGAUUACCUGAGCUUGAAGGAAGAGUUUUCCAAGGUUAAGCAGUACUUGGAAGUUGCUAGAAUGGAAAAUGAAGAAAACAAAGAUCUCCUGCACAGGACCAACACGGAUAUGGCUGAACUUGGUAUUCAGCUUUGUGCCUUGACCUCUGAAAAAGUGGAUGCAGAAGAAACCACAGAAAGGCUUAAAGAAGUGGAACAACAGGCAGCAGAGCAACAGGAGAAGCUGGGUCUUGACAUCUGUAAUCUCAGGCAGGAGAACCAGAGGCUGCAAGAGAAAUUAGAGGAGGCUCAAAUAUGUGCUGCACCUGUCCCAGGUCUGCAGUUGCAGCUGGAGACGGUAAAGAAGGAGGCACAGAGCUUCCAAGAGACCAGCCAAGAGGAACUGUCUGCAGUAAAAUUUCAGAUGAGCACAGAAAUUCUAAAUUAUCAGACAAAAUUCAAGGCCCUCAGUGAGGAGUGUGGGAAAGUAAGAGAGCAACUCCAGGAGCAGGAGCAACAGCAGCAUGCUGUGGAGGAAGAGAUUGCGGAGUUACAAGCUGAAAACACGAGUUUGUCUAGAAAGCUGGAUGAAGCAAGAGAGCAGCUGUCUGAGUCGGAAUUGGCUCGGCUGCAAAAGGAGAAGGAGGUGUCGUCGCUGAGAGAACUCUUGGAAAGGAUCCAAAAAGAAGCUGAUGAAGCAAAGGAGAAGGUUCUGGAUUACAGUGAGAGGCUCAGCAAGGUGGCAGCAGACAAAGACAGCAGUGACCAGAAGUUACUUGCUGAACUGGACGACCUGACGAGAACAAAACAAAUUCUUGAAGAACGCUUAAUAGAACUUAUCAGGGAUAAGGAUGCUUUGUGGCAAAAGUCAGAUGCUCUGGAGUUCCAGCAGAAGCUUAGCGCUGAGCAGAGGUGGCAAGGGGACACCGAGGUUAAUCACUGUCUGGACUGCGAGAGGGACUUCUCAUGGAUGGUGCGCCGGCACCACUGCAGAAUGUGCGGUCGCAUCUUCUGCUACUACUGCUGCAACAACUACAUGGUGACAAAGCCUGGUGGAAAAAAGGAGCGUUGCUGCAGGACUUGCUUUACUAAGCCUAGGGUCUUCGUGGACAGUACAGAUGACUCUGGAUCUAGUGCCACCCAGGAAGGAUCACCGGCUUCUUUGGAAUCACCCACGUCGCCAGUUGCAAGCGACACCUCGAAACCACCAGAUGAUGCUGCCUUUGAUAUAAUCACCGAUGAGGAACUUUGUCAAGUACAGGAAUCGGAAUCUCUCCAUAAUGAAAGCCAAAUGGAGAGAGACUCUCUGGAUCAAAGUGUGACAGAUUUAAACAGCAUGUGUAAUUCUUCAACCUUUGAUGAAUCAGAAGAGUGGCAAGUUGCUCAAGAUGCUGAGAUAUGCUUGUUGAAGUCGGGAGAAAUCAUGAUCAAAUUACCCCUUACCGUGGACGAGAUCUUAAAUUUUGGGGAAAGUAACAGAGAGCUGUUCAUUAAAUCCAGCACCUACAGUGUCAUUCCCAUCACUGUUAGAGAGACGGGGCUUACAAUUAGCUGGAUCUUUUCAUCAGAGCCUAAAAGCAUCUCCUUCAGCGUCGUCUACCAAGAAUCAGAAGACACGCCGCUGGCUGAGUGCAAAGUUCUCAUUCCUAUGACCCGCUGCAACUCUCAUAAAGAAACUAUCAGAGGACAGGUCAAAGUCAGAAACGCUGGAAUCUACACACUGAUAUUUGACAACACAUUUUCCAGGUUUGUCUCAAAAAGAGUGUUUUAUCACCUGGCUGUCGAGCGACCUGUCAUCUAUGACGGAAGCGAUUUUCCAUAG